AUGCCAGACCUUUCAGAUCGAUUGCGAACGUUGGAUUCCCACAGUUUUGUGUCCAAGGAAUUCCGAGUAUACACCUUGCAAGGAGCGAUCCUGUCCAUUGUCACGUUAAGUUCAAUUUUCUACUUGUUGUGGACCGAAAUGAGAUAUAAUUUUCAAACCAUCAUUACGGAACGAGUUCAUGUGAAUGGAACCUCCAGUCGAGGAUUGGAAGUUGAUUUUGAUAUUACUUUACCCAAUAUACCCUGCAAUUUACUGAGCAUUGAUGCCAAUGAUCCCACGGGACAAACCCAAUCGUUGCAUUUGGACAAAUCGCAUCAUGUGUGGAAACAUCGCGUCAAGGUGGACGAACUCACGGGGGCCUUGGAAUUUCGAGGACGACGGGCCAAAUUGGAACCGGGGAGUACCUUUUUGGAAGAGGAACAUUUCAAGACGGCCUUGAACGAAAUGGAAGUCAAAUUCAAUGAAGACGACGAGUCCUCGGACGAAGAGGAAUGUGGUAGCUGUUAUGGUGCGGGAGAAGAGGACGAAUGUUGCAACACUUGCGAAGAUGUCAAACGAACCUACCAAAAGAAAGGAUGGCAACUCAAAGAUAUCAAGAAUGUCAAGCAAUGUCAACAUGAAGUCAAGAAAGGAAACGAGGAAGGCGAAGGCUGCAACGUACACGGACUCGUUGCCUUGGAUUCGGGUGGUGGGAACUUUCAUUUGGCACCGAGUCGGGAGAUGACAGAUGCUAUAUCGGACGAGUCCGGUGGCGCCAAGGAUAUGAAUGAGUGGUUCAAUACCAUGAUUCACCGAGCAUUUGAGAAUUGGAAUGUUACCCACACCAUGCACCACAUACGAUUUGGGGAUAGCUAUCCUGGACAUGUACACCAAUUGGAUGGAAAGACUCGGGCCAUUACCGAUGGUCACGGUAUGUACCAAUAUUACUUCAAGAUUGUUCCAACGCGGUAUAUUUUCUUGAACGGAACCACCAUUCAAACCAAUCAAUACAGUGUGACGGAACAUUUGCGUCACGUGAAUCCAGGAAGCAGCCGAGGUUUGCCCGGGAUCUUCUUUUUCUACGAAGUGUCACCCUUGCAUGUGGAAAUUGUCGAAGGCUACCGAAAGGGAUGGGUGGCCUUUUUCACAUCCGUCUGUGCCAUUAUUGGAGGAGUGGUCACGACCAUGGGAAUGUUGGAUCAAUUUUUGUAUUCCCGACGAGGCGCUUCAAGUACAAAUGGUCUAGUUCUGUAG